GCGGUCUGGGGCACCGGUUUCAAAGUCGCAGGGCGGGCCGAGUGGACUUCCGUUGCUUGCCCCGGGCUUCUCGGCAGUACUGCAGUCGCUCCCCGCUCCGUCAAGGACGCCGCCACCCGGCUGCCCGCCAGCUCUCUCGGCGCUCUCCUGAGUGGCCCAACACGACCCCGAGUGACCCGCGGGACGCCUGUACAUCCCUGGUCGCACCUGGCUGGGAUUUGGGUGAACGUGGAACAGAAUUCACUUGGCGGGUCCCCAGCAAACCUGAAAUCUUGUGUCUCACUUGAGCGAGGGACUCGGCUGGGACUCGGGAGAAGGAGGUGCGGCGGGGCUGUUGACGCCACGUGAGUAGGAUGCUGAUUACACCGCUCAAGUGGUAGACAACCUCCGAAGCGUUGCUUUAGAUUUGUUUUCCCGCACAGCGAGCUUUGUGUCUUUUUAAGAAAAGUAAAGGUGGUGAAAGCGUCAAACAAAUUGUAUCUAAAUGGCCACAGAAAUCGACUUUCUGCGAGAUCAGAAUCAAAGGCUAAAUGAAGUUCUUAGACGGUAUCAAAUGGAAAAUUUUUUCAAAUAUUCAUCAGUACAGAAAUCUGUCUUCAAAGGAGUUGCAGGUGACACAGUAGAAAACUCAGUAGUUGACCAAAGCUUUUUAGUUCCUCUUAUUACUGAGUAUGAUAAGCAUCUGGAAGAGCUAAAUGGGCAGCUGAAAUAUUAUCAGAAACAGAUGGGUGAGAUGAAACUACAACUUGAAAAUGUCAUCAAGGAAAAUGAAAGGUUGCACAGUGAAUUAAAAGAUGCUGUUGAAAAGCAAUUGGAGGCCAUUCCCUUUAGCACAGAGAUGGGAAAUGAGAUAUAUACAGAUGAUGAAACAGUCAGGAAUCUUCAAGAACAACUACAACUGGCCAAUCAAGAAAAAACUCAGGCUGUAGAACUCUGGCAGAUUGUUUCUCAGGAGCUGGACAGACUACAGAAACUUUACCAGGAACAUAUGACUGAGGCCCAGAUUCAUGUAGUUGAAAGUCAAAAGCAAAAGGAUCAGCUGACCAAUUUUCAGCAACUGACCAAGCAACUUCAUGUUACUAAUGAGAACACAGAAAUGACUAAUCAACACUUUUUGAAAACAGUAACUGAACAAAAUGUGGAAAUUGAGCAACUCCGAAAACAACUUAGGCAAGCCAAGUUAGAUCUGAGAGUUGCAGCAGCAAAAGUAGAAGAGUUAACUAAAGUGACUGGAGAUCUUCAAGGACAGAUGCAGAAGAAGGAGGAGGAUAUGGUGUCUGCCCAAGGAAGAGAGGAAGCAUCAGAUAGGCGCUUACAGCAAUUACAAUCUAGUAUAAAACAAUCAGAAACAAGGUUAUGUGUGACAAUCCAAGAAGCAACCCAAUUAAGAGCAGAAAAAAUACAUUUGGAAAAACAGACCAGAGACUUACAAGCAAAGUGCUAUGAAUUAGAAAAUGAGAAAUACGAAGCUAUUGUAAGAGCCAGAAAUAGCAUGCAACUCCUAGAAGAAGCUAACCUUCAAAAAAAUCAGGCUCUGCUUGAGGAGAAGCAAAAAGAAGAAGAUAUAGAGAAAAUGAAAGAAACAGUUUCUCGGCUUGUGCAAGAUGCUGCCAUAAGAACCAGGAAGGAAGUUGCAAACACAAGAAAACAAUACAAUGUACAGAUUUCUCGACUAACAGAAGAACUUUCAGCCCUUCAAAUGGAGUGUGCUGAAAAACAAGGCCAAAUUGAACGAGCCAUUAGGGAGAAAAAAGCAGUGGAAGAAGAACUAGAAAAGAUUUACCUUGAAGGCAGAAUAAAUGAAAAUGAUUACAGAAAACUAGAAGAAAUGCACCAAAGAUGCCUGGUUGCAGAGCGUUCAAAAGAUGAUCUUCAGCUAAGACUUAAGACAGCAGAAAAUAAAAUCAAACAACUUGAAAUAAAUUCCUCGGAAGAGAUAUCACGUUGCCAAGAAAUGAUUCAGAAACUUCAAAAUGUAUUGGAGUCUGAGAGAGAGAACUGUGGAUUUGUCAGUGAACAAAGGCUGAAACUUCAGCAGGAAAAUGAACAGUUACAGAAACAGACUGAGGAUUUAAGGAAGAUUGCUCUCGAGGCUCAAAAAAAAGCCAAAUUAAAGAUCAGUACGAUGGAGCAUGAAUUUUCAAUAAAAGAACAUGGGUUUGAAGUUCAGUUAAGAGAGAUGGAAGACAGUAAUCGAAAUUCCACAGUUGAACUGAGGCAUCUCUUAGCAACUCAGCAGAAGGCAGCCUGUAGGUGGAAAGAAGAAAUGAAGAAACUCACUGAGAGUGCGGAAAUUAGAAUCAGUAGUCUAAAGAGUGAGCUGAGUCGACAGAAACUUCAUACCCAAGAGCUGCUUUCUCAGCUGGAAAUGGCAAAUGAAAAGGUAGCUGAGAAUGAAAAGUUGAUUCUAGAGCAUCAGGAAAAAUCCAACAGACUUCAGAAACGACUAAGUGAGGCAGAACAGAGAGCUGCUUCAGCCUCCCAGCAGCUCAGUGCGAUUACAGUACAGAGAAGAAAAGCAGCCUCCAUGAUGAAUCUGGAAAAUAUUUAAAAAUAUUCAUAGUACACUCACAGAACUUUAGACUUGGGAAAGCUGUUGGACUAGAAGUUUAUUAAAGUGGUAAAACCUGCAUAGAAUGGUUAAGGCUUGUGUUGUUUUGCAUAAGCAUUUUCCAUUCUGUUUUGAGGGUUAUUGGAAAACAGAACAGCUUCCUGUAAGUAAAGAAAAGGUAAUCCUAUAUUGAGCUUCAGUAGAGAAUAAAGCCAGCUGGGAAGAACACAUUGCCGUCAUCAACGUGUCUAUGUUUUAAUUCCUCCUUUUUCCCUUGGAAGAGCGUAACAGUUUUCAAACUAUGCUAAUCAUGAGAAAGAGUUUUAAGAAAUUGCUAGAAUUUUAAUAUUUCAGGUUCCAGAAUUUGAGAAUUUUACAUCUGUUACUCGUAACUCAUUUUUAAAGUUCCCAAG